GCCUUCUGGUCCUUCAGCUCAGAUAGGGGAGGCGAGGAAGAUCGGCGACCUGGGGGCGGAGGGGUGUGGCCGCCGUAGCCUAUUUCCGCGAGCACCGCGAACCCGGUUCCGGGUGCUCCGCGCCAGCUUUCCCCAUCCACGCGGCCCCGUGGGCUCCCGCCGCCCGCGACCAUGCAGCCCCGUCGACCCCCGCCGCCGGCGCUGCUGCUGGGCCUCUGGCUGCUGCCUAGCCUCGCACUGGCCGCUACUGUCGCUGCGCCACCGGACCCAGAGCACACCGACGACGUUCCAGGGCAGCCCCCAGCCGUGGGGCUGCCGCGCGGGAUCCUGCAACUGGCGGCGCGCGCUGCGUUGCACUUCUUCAACUUCCGCGCCAGCUCGCCCAGCGCGCUACGGGUGCUGGCCGCCGUGCAAGAGGGCCGCGCGUGGGUGGACCCUCAAGAGGGCUGUGAAGUGGACUUGGUAUUUAGCACAGAGCAAUACAACCCUGAGCAGGAAGGUGAGGAACGUAUGGGCAAAUGUUCUGCGAGGGUGUUUUUCAAGAAUGAAAAACCCAGACCGGCCAUCAAUGUAACCUGCACACGGCUCUUUGAUAAGGGGAAGAGACAAGAAAAGGAUUAUCUGCUUUACAAGCAGAUGAAGCAAUUGAAGACUCCUCUGGACACCAUCAGCAUACCUGACAGUCAUGGACACAUUGAUCCCUCACUGAGACCCCUGUGGGACUUGGCUUUCCUUGGCAGCUCCUAUGUGAUGUGGGAGAAGACGACCCAGUUUCUGCACUACUACUUGGUCCAGCUCAGCAGUGUGAAGCAGUUGAAAACGGAGGACGACAGCAUUGAUCUUGACUUCACUGUUCUACUUCAUGAAUUCUCCACACAGGAAAUCAUUCCCUGCCGUAUUCACUUGGUCUGGUACCCUGGUAAGCCCCUUAAAGUAAAUUACCACUGUCAAGAGCUACAGAGCCCAGAAGAAGCCUCUGGAACUGCGGAAGCAUCAGCUAUGGCACCAACAGAGUUCAGUAAUUUCUAAACAGAAGAAAUGAUCUGCUUCUAUUAUCUUCUAAACAGAAUGACUCCACUAGCUGACUUCAUCACUCCUGUAUAAAAGCAAAGGUCCGGGCAUUCUAGCAACCCAGGCAAGCUUGCAAUCAGAAGCCGGUGUUCAGACCCCCUGUCUUGUUUUUCACCUGACCUGGCUUGGUGCUGAACUCUGCAAGCAGGUGCACACGUACCUGAUGGGGCUUGGCAGUCUCAGCACAUCCACCACACAGCAGGUGGAUGGAUCCACAAUUGCUUUGGGAAAGGGUUUCAUCUUUUUGUUCUGAGUUUGAAUUUUUCAUUACUCUGGACAUAUUGUGGUUAUUUUUUGUUGCUAAAUUGUUCUUACUUACUAUGUCAGCUUUUUUUUUUUUUCAGUGAAAGUAAACUGUAGGGAAAUACUCCUAGUCUCAGACAAAUAUUUCCUCUUAACGUGAUACCCACUUUCAAAUAAAUGUUUAUAUUUCUAAAUAA